AUGACGCGUAACACACGCAGCUCUACCCUCUGCGAGUGGGCACUUGGCGUUAGCGUCGAGGAAUACUGCAACUCUAUUGAGCGGCGCAGACGCAAGAAGUCCAGCAGCAGACAGCGUAUUUGCGUCGAGAUUUCCACUGACGACGAAUCCGAGGAGGAUACUGUCAAGAUCACGUACCCGCGCGCCAAUCGCAACAAGGAAUCUUUGGGCUCCAGCUCCAAGAAGGUCCGUUUUGAGAAGGCCUCGCCGAAGCCUGCGCUGAAGGCUGUAGACUCAGAAGCUGAGUCCAAAGGUGAUUCCAGAACGGCCACGAGUGCCGGCAUUCUAUACGAAGAAGAUCCAACUAACCAAGGAACAGACAAGAAGAAAUCGGAGAAGACAGAUGACACAUCCGAAUCCGAGUCGGAGGCUAAGUCGAAGAAGAAGAGAGGUGUCAAGGCCGCCAAGAAGAAGGUAGUAGAUUCUUCGUCUGAAAGUGAGACAGACGAGGCUGAGGAGGAGACGCCGGCACCUCUCAAGAAGAAGACACAAGAAAAGACGAAGAAGGACAGUGUCAAAAAGUUAUCCAAGACCAAGGACAGCGCUACUACUCCAGCCGAUACCGAGCCCAACAAUGUCGGCCCUACCGUCAAGAAAGUCCGAAACAAGAAUGCAGGAGUAAAGACGAACGAGACCAAAAAUAUCGACAAGCCUCAGAAAGUAAUGCCCGAGGCGGCGUUGUCUCCUCACCUACGCCGACCCAAUCUCAUUAUGCCCAUUCGCGCGGAGGUCGUCCAAGUUGAGCAUACCAUUGAGGGCGUCGAAGAUCCUCGACCCAACGCUUUCCACGACCCUCAACACGGGGUUGUCCGGGUCUAUCAUGGACCAGCCUACGGUAAUCCGUACGGCUUGCUCUAUCCUGCUCGCGACCCAAACAAGGCUCCUUUGCCGAUGGGCGUUCCCCAUCCCCUGCAAAACCCCUAUUUCUACGGCUUCGCCAAUCCCUCAAACCCCGGAGAUAACCACUUCAAGGGCCAGUCUCCAUGGGGCUCUAUGCCCGUCACUUGUGUGCCUGGAGGGCCGCCAGUCAUGGCAGCAGUCGACCCGAUGCAGAUGGGAAUGCAGAUGCCUCCGUGGUGGGUUCCCAUGUCUCCUAAAGGUCUUUCGCCAAAGGGGUCUCCAAAGCCUGUCAUGUCGGGGGCCAUUCCAGUAGACGCGGCAUCAACAACAGGUGCCAAGAAUAAGGAACAAGGAUGGGAUACCAACGUCGGUCCUCAACAGACCAAGGCCGCUUCACCUUUGACAAAGGUAGCGAGUCCCAAUAACGUGGCUCCUGCUUCUCCUAUCAAUAUCAAUUUGACGGUGAAUCCAAAUACGCCGUGGGCUGCCUUUGCUAGCGACCUCAGCAAAAAGUCUACUCCGAACAAGAAUGGAUCGCAGAAUGGAAGCAAGAUCAACGGUGGUGGGUCUAACGGAAGCAAAAACUCUUGGGGAUCGAAGAAGACCGCAGACUGGCAGCCCUUGGGCAGUGGCCAGCAUCCUGAUCUUGCUUGGGGCAACACUCCCACAAAGAGCCAGGGAAGCAACAAUUGGAGUAACAAGGGGAGUAACAAGGGAAGCAAUUCGGGCUGGACGAAAAUCGGAGAUGCGAACAAUGAUUCUUGGGGAGCGACUGGGGGCAGUGGAAGCAACAGUGGGUGGAACACCACGAACACUGGACAGGCCAAUGAUCCUUGGGGGACAUCCGGCAUCACUCAGAGCAACGACGCUCAGACAACUUCGGGCGGUGACGGUUGGACAGCGACAAAUGGUACCGCUUGGGACAAUACCGACAACAUGAACAAGGAUGGAUGGGGAACCUCCAAUACCCAAGCAGCCGAUCCCUGGCCCAACUCUGGAGGCGACUACAGCAACAACUGGGGGACUGGAUCGAAUCAUUCUAACUCGAAGAGGUCGAAUAAUAGCCAAAAUGGUAAUGGGAGCAACCGAAGUGUCAGCGGUCAAGCCAAGGUUGCUACGAACUGGGAUGGCCAGGGAAACAACGUUGGCUACUCAGGAUCGGAACGUAAGGUGUCAAACAGCUCGAACAAGUCUAGCAAGUCGAAAAAGACUUCACCGCCGCCACCCUCAACGAAUGCUGGCUGGGACAACAACGCUGAACCUUCGACCAACAGUCCCGUCGGUAACUCAUCCAACAAGAGCAACGGAAACAAGAACUCAAAGAAUACGUCCAAGGGCGAUACGUGGGCGACUACUAGCAAUUCGGCCUGGACAACAGACAACAAUGCUGGCCCAACGACCAAAAAUAGCCCCCACAAUUCCCAAUCAUCGAAGAAGAGCUCAGGAAGCAAGAGGGAAAAGACUGAUCAAUGGGUUUCGGCUGGCAGCGGCGCCGGAUGGGGCCCCGAGACCACAAGCGGCGAGGUCAACUUUGGCCCGACGGCGACCGAGAUGAGCAAGACUUCGAGCAGCAGCAAGAGUAUGCCGGGCGCUUGGGAUACCAAUAUCCCUCCUUGGGGAGACCCGACAUUGGCGCAAUCGACAGGCGGCGCGGCAGACCAAUGGUAG